ACUUACAGAGAUCUAAUGUUUGCAACUCGCAUUCAUGAAAGUACCAUUAGUUUAAUUAUUCGCGAGGUGUGUCAAGCAAUAAUAAAAGGGUUUAUGAACCAGUAUUUAAAGAUGCCCCAAACUGUUAGUGAAUGGGAAUGUAUAGCAAAAGAUUUUGAAGAACAAUGGAAUUUUCCCAUGUGCAUAGGUGCCAUAGAUGGCAAACACAUAAACUUCCAAGCUCCUCAAAGUGCCGGUUCAUUCUAUUACAACUAUAAAGGCCAUCACAGCAUUGUACUUCUUGCUCUUGUUGACGCAAAAUAUAAGUUUAUAUACGUGGAUGUAGGAGUAAACGGAAGGAACAGUGAUGGGUGUGUAUUUAGAGAAAGCAGUUUGAAACAUUACAUUGAUAACAACUUAUUAAACUUUCCUGACGAUAAGACAUUACCAGGAACAACUUUGAAAGUACCAUUUUGCAUGGUAGGGGAUGAUGCAUUUCCUAUGUCCUGCCGGCUAAUGAAACCAUAUCCUUCUCGUAAUUUGACUAGAGAAAAGAGAAUAUUUAAUUACAGGCUUUCACGUGCCAGACGCAUUGUAGAAAAUGCCUUUGGCAUUUUAGCGAACAGAUUUAGAAUUCUAUUAAACACAAUAAACCUAAGCCCUGAAAAAGCUGAAAUGAUCACAUUAACGUGUUGUAUAUUACACAACCACCUAGCAUCAAACAAUCCAUUUUAUACACGAACUGAAGAAGAAUGUCAUCUGGAAAGUAUUGCAUCACAAGGUGGAAGUCAUAGCAGCCGUGAAGCUAUUAACAUUAGAGACAAAUUUUGUGAAUACUUUAAUUCAGUGGGUAGAGUGGAAUGGCAAGAUAGAGCAGUAGGCAUUGUUUGA